CACUGUACACACAAACAGAGACCACCCAAUCUAUCCUCAAUUCCAUCUCUCUUUCCCUAAAAAUGGGCUGUUGUGGACAAGACUCGGACACAGAUUCAGACCCAUCACCAAUUCUCCAACCCCUCAAUUCCUCCUCUCAAACCCACAUCCAAAACACAAUCUUUUCCCCAAUGAACUCAAAUUUCCCAGCUUUAGUCUGCAAAGAUGUGCUCAUCUCAAUUCUUGAGCACCUUUCUGUUGAUGAUCUCGCACGAGCUGCCUGCGUGUCUAGGCUGUGGAACGAAGUUGCUUCUGAUAAGGAGAUUCAGGUGAGGGCUUUUAUGAUGCCGUGGAAGCUGAAACAAGUGGUGGGGAAGCCUAGCUCUGGCGGGUUUUGGAGGGAGGUUAGCUUGGCAAAGUUUGCGAUUUCGCAUCGGUUAGCGAAAGGGGAUUCUGUUGCUAGUCUCGCUGUUAAGUACUCUGUUCAGGUUACGGAUAUUAAACGCUUGAACAACAUGAUUAGUGACCAUGGAAUAUACUCAAGGGAGAGGUUACUAAUUCCUAUCAGCAAUCCAGAUCUUCUCAUUGAUGGCACCUGCUACAUAGAAUUGGAUGCAUAUGCGAAAAGGGAAGUAGCGGUGUUGUAUCUUGAGGGGGCCCCAGAUAUAAAGCUCAACAGCAGUCUGAAUAGGGUGACGUCAGAACAAGGAAAGAAAAAGAUAUUGAACACCUUGAGGAGAAGCAUGCAGGUUGAUGAUGAAACUGCUGAAUAUUACUACUCCUUAUCAAAUGGUGACCCUCGGGCUGCGCUUAUGGAGUUCUCCCAGGAUAUUAGGUGGGAGAGGCAUGUGGGCCUGGCCUAAUUUCCAAGACGGUAAGAGCCUAAGAGGGAAAGUUUGUAACAAGGACUUCUCUUGCAUGUAUUUCUUAUUUGGUGUAUGAUCCGAAAUUUGUGCUCAAGUUCUAUAAACUUUAUCUCAAGUGACAGUUCCACCCGAGUGUCUUUCAGUAAAUGCAGCUACCAUAUCUCAUUCGCCUCUUUAUGGCCAGUGGGGCCUAUAGUAGUCUCUUUAUUGUUCUGAAUUGUUAUGUAAGUGUUUUGUUCUGUAUUUGCCAAACUCUGGAUGAAAAUUAGUAUGCUAGUUUAAUUUUAUGUAUAUUGUAUAAAUGUGGAACUACCAAAUGUAAUAAAAAUAUUAUAAAAUUUUCUUACCAAAUGUAAACUGAAAUCUGAAGUCUCAA